UUAAUUUGGUAGAAAAUGAUAUUUUAUGUAUGAACCUUUUUAACAAUUUAAAUUACACAUCUAAACGAAAUGAAUUUAUGUCAAACUAACUCGUGUAAUAAUGGGUUAAAUUAUGUAGGUUUUAAUCAAGAUCAUGGUUGUUUUGCUUGUGCUACAACAACUGGCUUUCGUAUAUACAACUGUGAUCCUCUAAAAGAGAAGGAACGUCAAGAUUUCGAUAAUGGAGGUCUCAGUUUUGUUGAGAUGUUGUUUAGAUGUAAUUAUCUCGCUUUGGUCGGGGGUGGUCCAAGACCACUAUAUCCUACAAACAGGGUGAUAGUAUGGGACGAUUUAAAGAAGACGUCGCCCAUUUCCUUGGAAUUUAACGCUCCAGUGCUGGCUGUUAGAUUAAGAAGAGAUAGAAUAGUUGUAGUUUUAGAAGGAGUAAUCAAAGUAUAUACAUUCACACAAAGUCCCCAGCAACUGCAUGUAUUCGAAACAAGCUCAAAUCUCAAAGGUUUGUGUGUUUUAUGUCCAAAUAGCAACAACUCAAUAUUGGCAUUUCCUGGUAGAAAAACAGGUUAUGUGCAGCUUGUAGAUUUAGCGAAAACUGAAAAAUCUCCCUUAGACAUCGUCGCCCACGAAGCAAAUCUUAGUUGCAUAGCACUGAAUCAGCAAGGGACAUUAUUAGCUACCGCAAGCGAAAAGGGAACGCUUAUAAGAGUUUUUAAUACACAAAGUGGACAGAAGAUAACAGAAUUACGAAGGGGAAGUAAUCAGGCAACUAUAUACUGUAUCAACUUUAAUAAAAGCUCAACUUCUCUUUGUGUAUCGUCAGAUCACGGAACAGUCCACGUUUUCGCACUAGCUGAUCCUAAGUUGAACAAACAAUCUUCUCUAGCAAAUGCCAUGUUUUUGCCUAAAUACUUCUCUUCUACAUGGUCGUUCUGCAAAUUUUCAGUUCCAAAUGGGCCGCCUAGCAUAUGUGCUUUUGGACCUGAUGAUAAUUCAGUCGUUGUUAUAUGUGGUGAUGGCUGCUAUUAUAAGUUUGUGUUCAAUCUGAAGGGAGAGUACGUGAGAGAAACAUGUGCCCAAUUCUUAGACAUGACUGAUGAUAGCUUGUAGUGUCUCUAUUAUAUUAAGUACAGAUUUAUUUUUUUAAUAUACAGUGAAUUUAAUAGUACUGUUGUAUAUGUUAAGAAAUAUGAACAAAUGGAAAACUUCCUGUUAUAUGAUGCACAUAUUCUAUAUACAUGCGUAAUUUUUAGGUUUUUUAUUAUUUUAAAUUAUUGUAUAUUAUUUAAUUAUUUGGUAAAUGUUUACAUUGGUAGCGGUCAAUUUUGUAAAAGAAAUCCCCGGCAAUUUGCACAGUAAACAAAAUAUUUUGCACUUGUACAAUGUUGCCACAUAUACUUGUUUUUACGGAGUAAAUACGUUGAAUUUAAAUCUAACGAUCUAAUCUAACUUAACCUAAUUCAAUCAAAACUAAAAUUAGAAAUUAAUGUAACAAAUUAAUACCCAAUGAAAUAUAAAAUACAAACAUAUGCUCAUAAUUCCCCUAGAAUGGCACUCGAAAUUAUAUUUUCGCAGGAAACAAUGAUUUUUAAAAAUGUGGCAACGAUUGUUUCAAAAACUAUGCAGUACGCAUACGCACGUCGUUGGCAGCAGCUAUCAUGGAGAAUGCAGUUUAAAAUUGAAGUCAAAAGAUCAGUUUUUUAAAUGAGAAAUAUCCAAAAACUAGACCAUGGUCCAUGGAAUCAUGGAGAGAGAAUCAUUCUCUCUCCUGUUACUGACAAAGAAUGUAGAGCGUAGAACCAUUUUAAUUAAUUUUAAACUGUUUGUCCUUGUUUUAGUGUAGUGUUUUGUACACUUUUAUGUUAAAAUUCAUGUUUAUCACAUUCUACGUUUGCUGGAUAGCCCUAAUUUGACGAAAUGUCCCUGAAGAUACUCUAGUAAGCGAAAGUACUUGGGCAAGAUUUAACUAACCUCGAGUUUUAACCUUGUUUAAGCUUACGCCUCUUCAGGGAAUGGGGAACUCCUUUUUUUUUGACGGAGUUGUGGGGGGUACGAGAGAAACGUCAACUGAACGAAACGCGGCCUAAGAAGUAGAGAACUACUAAGGAAAGGAGGGAAAAAGAAGGUGGCUUAUUUUGUGAUCGAUAAGAAUCGUGAACGCACAAGAAGAAGUGGGUUUGCCUAUCAUGCGGUGUGAGGUACUUCAGGGUUACCAGCCAUACAGUAGGAACGGCUCUUUAUCAGCGUUUUUGGUGCGCAGUUUAUCUGCGAUAAUAGAUGGGGAAAGAUUAUAAAAUAUCAAAAUACUCCUCAGGAAAUUCAGGUCCAGCGUUAUGUAGUAGUUUAGCUGGAGGGAAUGGAACUUUUUUGGCGGGAUGCCUGGUGAGUAUUUGCCCUCUAUGUGAACAAGGUGUCUUCAAUGUUUGUUUUGCUCGGUUGUUCGAGCCAGCUAUGGAUCUUAAGACAUACUUCCUACUGAGGGUUAGGAUUCUGUCCUUGAUUGGCGUGAUGUUGGUUAUUGCAUAUAUGUGGGCUGAUGGAUACAGCCAAUCUUUUCUCAUGCAGAAGCGUAGUAUUCUACGCUCUGUGGCAGUGAUGGCGUUGAGUUCGUGAUUCCUCAGGGAGAGGUAAACGCAUGCCUUGUAUUCGAUUAUCGGUCUGAUGAAAGUCUUGUAAGUGUGCAACAAUGUGUUAGAGGACGUUCCUCCUAGUUUAACGGCCAACACUUUCAGGAGGUCGAGCCUUUUUCUCAUCCUGUCAAGGGAAUCUUAGACGUCAGCCUUCCAAUUGAGAGUUCUCGUAAAUCGAACUCCCAAGUAGAGAACUGAGUUCCUGAGAAUAAGGUCCUCUCCCAAAAGUGUCACCCGGCCCUGGAGGCCGCGUCCGUAAGGAGGUCUAAAUAAAAUUGCUUGUGUUUUGGAGGGGUUUAAAGUAACCCUCCAUUUGUUGCACCACCUCCCGACUCUAUCAAGAUAAUCUUGCGAUUUCUCGAAUACAGACCGUCGCUCUCCUUCCCUGUAGGAACCUGAGGUGAGAAUGGCUUUAUCAUCAGCGAAUAGGAGUAGAGACUCUGAUCCUUGCUGUGGGCGGGGGAUGUCGCUGUUGUAAACUGUGUAUAAUAUUGGAGCAAGUAUUGAGCCUUGGGGUACUCCUGCUUGAGGAGUGAAUGGAGUGGAGAGAUGUUCUCCUAUUUUGAUCCGAACCGUCCGGUGAGAGAGAUAGGAAUUUAUUAGUUUAACGAAAGGUGUUGGCAGUCCAGCAAGGUGGAGUUUCUCGAUCAAGCCUGCAUGUCAGACCUGAUCGAAAGACUCCUGGACAUCGAGGAAAAUGCCUACGACGUGCUUCCUUUCGUUAAUGGAUUGAGAAAUGAAAGUUGUUGCUUCAACCAAUGCAUUUUGUGUGGAGUGUCCAGCCCUGAAUCCGAAUUGGUAAUUGGGAAUGAGGAAGUGAGCGUCUAGGAAUUCUACGAGUCUCUCCUUGAAGAUUCUCUCGUAGACUUUACCUAGGGUACUCAGUAGCGAAAUUGGUCUAUACGAUUCAGGGUUGGUGAGGGUUUUCCCUUUUUUAGGGACCAUGAUGGUGCUGGCCACUUUAAAGAUUAGAUAGGGCAAGAUUUAAUUGUUAAAAUUGUGCUCCAUAUUUGCAUUUCAUUUUUCAAAGCUCAUUUACUCGACCAUUCAACCUUAUAUCAAUAUAUUAUUCUGUUAAUAAUUAUUUUACAGUUUCAGUUCAAAACUAAUUGUACGUGGUAAAAUUUGAUUUGUAAAUAUGUGUUUCUUGUAAACUAAAUGCGGAGCCACAUGUCGGUUGCUUCUUCUUGUCUUCUUCUUAGCCUUCUGUCGUCCAUGUUUGGACAUAGGUCUCUAUCCUGAGCAACAUAUUUCCAAUUUGUUCUGGCUAUUCUUUUAAUGUCAUCAACAAAUCUCAUCUGUGGUCUUCCUCUUGGUCGUUUACUUUCGUAAGGUCUCCAAUGUUGUAUUGUAGUAUUCCAACGUUGGUCUUUCUGUCUAGCAAUGUAGCCCGCGAAGCUCCAUUUAAGUUUUGCAAUUUUUAUUGUUAUGUCCUCGAAUUUUGUUUUGGAUCUUACCCAGUCGUUCCUCUUUUUAUCUGACAGUCGUAUACCUAACAUUGCUCUUUCCAUUGUUCUUUCUGUUGUGGCUAGUGUAUUCAUGUUUGCCUUGGUUAGGGUCCAGGUUUGACAUCCAUAUGUCAUGAUAGGAAGGAUGCAUUGGUUGAACACUUUGCUCCUCAAGUAUUGGGGUAUUGUGCCCAUGCUAGUCUUGCUCUUCUAGUAAUUUCCGCACUUUGGUUCUCUUUGUCAAGUCUCAGGAUUUGGACUAGGUAGAUAUAUUCCUGGAUUUGUUCUAUCUCACUGCCGUUUAUAGUUAUAUGUCUGGGGUCUUCUAUGUUUGCCAUUAACGUUAAUGCCAUAGGUUGACCAAUUUGUAGUUUUGAAGACGUCUUCUAGGGCUAGGUUGAAAAGCUUUGGCGAUAUUACGUCUCCUUGUCUCACUCCUCUCUUAAUGGGGAUGGGAUUUGUAUUUUCGUCUAGUUGUACUAUCAUAGUUGCAUUUUCAUAUAUAUUAUGUAUUAGUUGCCUAUAUCUCGAGUCUAUUCUACAAUUAUUAAUAGCUUGUUCUAUGGCCCACAUCUCGAUACUAUCAAACGCCUUUUCAUAGUCGACGAAGGAAAGAAAUACGGGUAGUUGGUAUUCAUUUGCCUUCUCUAUCAAUGUUCUCAUUAUCAGCAGAUGGUCUGAUGUACUGUAUCCUUUGCGGAAGCCAGCCUGUUCAACCGGUUGGUAAUUAUCCAUUUUGUAGGUUAACCGGUUUUUAAUAAUUCUCAUAAAUAGUUUGUAUACUUGAAUGAGCAACGAUAUAGGUCUAUAAUUCUGUAGAUCACAUUUGUCCCCUUUUUUGCGUAAGAGUAUUACUAGACUCUCGUUGCCGUCUGUUGGUUGCAGAUUGUAAUAAUUAAAAUCCUGGGCAACCACUUUUCGGGACACUAAUAUUUCUUUGAUAUAAUUCAACGAUCUGAUGUUAACGUAAAGCCUAAAAGUUUUUUUUUACACUUUUCAUUGUUUUUAUUAAAUUAAAUGAAUUAAAUCGACUGCUUUUUAUGAUCGCUGUGCAUAUUGCUGGUUUUGUUUUUCCUCAUGGAAAGACCUCUACCAGAGUUCAAUCCUUUUGAUACCGUAGGUAUCUGAGAUGAGUGAAUUUUCCCCUUAGAUGAAGUAAGGGUUGUAUGUAAAAAUUAAGUAAGAUUGAUACAUGACUGUGUAUUUUUCCCGACUCUUUUCCGUAGUGAUCAGUAGAAUAAAUCACACCGACCAGUAAAUUCUCAUGUCUUACCGUACUGCUCAUCUCUCGGCGCAUUUUAACUUCAGUUGCGGAU